UUUUUCAGACAGAGGGAGAGAGAGGAUGACCAACACCCUCAACAGGGCCUCAUGCCACAGCACCCCCAUAUCUCCAACAUUUCAUCCAUCCAGGAUGAAGGGAGUGCAUGUAUACAAACUUAUUUAUAGGUCGACUGGAAGUGAUCCUCUGUCUUCCAUAUGGCUUCUUCCAACAUUGCAGCUGGGCCAAAGGCAGUUCUUAAUACCAUAUCAGCAGGGGCUAAAGAAGAAAAUAUGUGGAGUGGGCUGCUACCUCCUGGCCUAAAUGAAAGUGAUGUUGAGUCAACUUCCGAAGAUGAAGCAAUGUCAGAGAACUCUGUACUUAACGUACAGGAAGAUAAAGAGGAUGGGACCUUCAGCAAAACAGAAGUCUCAGAUCUCCCACCAGAUGGAUCAAAAACUGAAGCUGAGGCAAACGCAAAUGCAUAUGAAGUGUGUCCUUCUGGAAUUCCUUUAAAUAUGUGGAAUAAAUUUCAAGAACUGCAUAAAAAACACACUGAACAGAAAACCUCAAUCUCAAGAUUCAGAGGGAAAAAAAGAAAACGCUCCAGAAAAGAUAAAUUGAAGAAUGGAAAAGAAUCUCAGAGUGAAAAGUCCUCAAAUGAAACCCACUGGAAGGAGCUUACUCAGUAUUUUGGAGUCAAUGAUAGAUUUGAACCCCCUGUUAAAAAGAAAAAAGUUGAAAAGUCAGGCCUUGAAAAGAGGAUAGACCAAGCUGUGGAUGAAUGGAAUAUUGAGAAGGCUGCAGAGCUCAGCAACCAGCUAGCUACUCGAGAGCUUGGUGUAAAAAUUGCCAAAGCAGUUGCCUGCCACAACUUCGUAAAAGCCAAAAAGGAAGCUGAAAAUUCACAGGCUGCUCGAAAAAAGAAGAAACUCGCAUGGGGGUUUGAAGCGAAGAAGAGAUGGGAAACCAAAAGCAACAUGGGAUACAUGUAACUUACCGGUUCUUCAAGACAGUUGGAGACUCACGUGCUCAGUUUACCAGAAAGCCAUUCUUGCUUAUGUUAAAAACGUCAGGAAAGUGAUAGAGAAAAAAUAAGCAUAAAAUUUGGGAGCUGAUAAUCAACUCUUUUCAAUCUUUUUCUAAGUUCAUCCUUUGAAGGGGAGGCAUUCAGUUACUUUUGUAAGGAAUCUAUGCAUUACGUACAGAAAAGAGGAUGGUGUUUUAUUUUAUUUUCGUAGACAUGCAGUAUAAAUUCAGUUUUGCUUUUUUUCAUCCCUUUGGCAACCAUGAGCUCCUUGUCUUUCCUUAUCUGUACACUGUGUGUCUGUGCUUAUUCUGGAGUUGUGUUUUUAAAAUUGGCAUUCGUUUAUAAUGGAUUAGUCAUAAGUGUAAAAAAAAGUCUCAGUUGAUACCAUCUCUUUACAAAUGCUUUAUUUGCUUGAAUGUAAUAAAAGUAAUUAUUGAUUCUGUACUAGAAACAACAGUUGAUAUGUCAUAGUCACAUAGUAAAAGCAAUUGAUUAAUUUUUGUGUACCUUCAUAUAAGUUAUGACAAUAAAAGAAGGAAAGAAUGUAGUA